UCUCUCUUUUUUUCCCAGUGUUUUUUUUUUUUUUUGAAAAAAAAAUUAAUUCUUUCCAUUUGAAAGGGGUUGUUGGGUUUUAGCUGAAUCGAAGGUAUGUCCUGUUGCUGGUCGUGGUUUGGAGAAGAUGGGUCGGAGCAUGUGUUUUUAGUUCUGGGUAGGAGGGAUUUUGAGGAGGGAGAGAAGAUGAAGGGAAGAAUGGAGUUUUGAAAGAGACUAGAACAGUACUGGAAAGGAAGAAACUAGUAAAGAAAAUUACAUACGAAAUCAAACAAAUUAUAGGGUUUUUGAUGAGUUUAAGGAGUUCUCAUCCAAGCAUAUCUGGUUCCAGGAUCGUCACCGCCGAUAUAAAUUACCCCGAUAUGCCUGCCGGUGCAAUUUCCAAACUACCAUUCAUCUCCUCACCCAUCGCUGCCUCCAUGUUCAGCUCGCCAGGACUCUCCCUUGGUCUCCAAACGUGCAUUGAGGGGGAAGCUGGUGAGACGGGCGGUCGAAUUGGGAGAGAUUUUGAGCCGGUGGGCGGAAGAAGUAGGGAAGAAGAUUAUGAGAGUCGUUCUGGGAGUGACAAUUUGGACGGUGGAUCUUGCGAUGACCAGGACACCGACAAUCCUCCCAGGAAGAGGAGAUACCAUCGCCAUACGCCGCAGCAGAUUCAGGAACUCGAAGCGCUUUUCAAGGAAUGCCCUCAUCCUGAUGAGAAACAAAGGAUGGAAUUGAGUAAGAGGCUUUGCUUAGAGAGCAGACAAAUCAAGUUCUGGUUUCAGAAUCGGCGCACCCAAAUGAAGAUCCAUCUCGAACGACAUGAGAACUUGUGCCUUAGACAAGAGAACGAUAAGCUCCGGGCGGAAAACAUGUCGAUUGGAGAUGCAGUGAGGAACCCAGUCUGUAGCAACUGCGGUGGGCCGGCAGUGUUUGGUGAAAUGUCCUUGGAAGAGCAGCACCUUCGGGUAGAGAACGCCCGUCUGAAAUAUGAGCUAGACCGUGUAUCCGCUAUCGCUGGGAAAUUUUUAGGCAGGUCAGCGUCAUCAUCAAUGGCUCCUGCUCUUCCCAUGUCUAGCUCGUCUUUGGAGCUUUCCGUCAGAAGCAAUGGAUUCGGCUGUUCGAACAUCAUCAUACCAGCUACGUUGUCUCCAGGACCUGAUUUUGGAUGUGGGGUUUCAAGUACAGUAUCUGGUGGUGCUGCUGCCAGGCCCAUGAACGUUAUCGGGUCCGAGCUAUCGCCGGAGAGGUCUGUAUUUCUGGAGCUUGCAUUGGCUUCCAUGGAUGAAUUGAUUAAGAUGGCGCAGAACACCGAAUCUCUUUGGCUUCCGAGUGUGGAAGGAGGGAAGGAAACAUUGAACUAUGAAGAGUAUCAGCGUAUGUUCAUGAGAUGUAUCGGAGCGAAACCAGCUAGGUUUGUAACGGAAGCUAGCAGGGAAACAGGGAUUGUAAUCAUCAAUAGCUUAGCUCUUGUGGAGACUCUCAUGGAUGCAAAUCGUUGGGCAGAAAUGUUCCCUUGCGUGAUUGCAAGAACCUCGACUACCGAUGUGAUUUCCAAAGGUCUGGGCGGGUCUAGAAAUGGGACACUUCAGCUCAUGCGUGCAGAGCUGCAGGUUCUCUCGCCUCUGGUCCCAAUCCGUGAACUCAACUUCCUCAGAUUCUGCAAGCAGCAUGCCGACGGUGUUUGGGCUGUCGUUGAUGUAUCGAUUGAUGGCAUGAGGGAAAACCCAAAUGCAUCUCCAUACAUGAAUUCCAGGAAACUUCCCUCCGGCUGCAUAGUGCAAGAUAUGGGCAAUGGUUAUUCGAAGCUUACGUGGGUCGAACACGUGGAGUACGACGAGACCGCAAUUCACCAUCUCUACAGACCGCUCAUCAGAUCUGGCAUGGGCUUCGGGGCCCACAGAUGGGUAGCUACCCUCCAGAGGCAGUGCGAAUGCUUCGCUAUCCUGACGUCGUCCUCCGCCCCUCACACGGACCAAGCUGGGAUAACGCCGAGCGGGCAAAGUAGCAUGUUGAAGCUCGCACGGCGCAUGAUGGGAUGUUUCUGCGCGGGCGUGUGCGCGUCGACGGCGUACGAGUGGAGCAGACUUCAAUCGAGACACGUGCACGACGAUGUGCGUGUGAUGACUAGGAAGAGCAUGGACGAUCCUGGGGAACCGCCUGGCGUUGUUUUGAGUGCUGCCACGUCAGUCUGGCUACCUGUUUCGCCACAGCGUCUGUUCGAUUUCGUGCGGGAUGAACGGCUGAGAAGCGAGUGGGAUAUACUCUCCAACGGUGGGCCCAUGCAAGAGAUGGCCCAUGUCGCCAAGAGGCAGGGUCGAGGCAACUGCGUGUCGCUGCUACGUGCUAGUGCGAUGAGCGCGAGUCAGAGCAGCAUGCUGAUACUGCAGGAGACGUGCACAGACUCGUCAGGUUCGCUUGUUGUAUACGCACCAGUCGACAUCCCAGCCAUGCAGGCGGUUAUGAACGGCGAUGACUCUACCCACGUGGCGCUUCUCCCGUCGGGCUUCGUGAUCUUACCCGAUGGCGGUGGGCCACGCAACAGAAGCAACUCGGCGACGAAGAUGGAUGGGUCUCUCUUAACGGUGGCGUUCCAGAUCGUGGUAAACAGCCUCCCCACAGCGAAGCUGACGGUGGAGUCGGUCGAGACGGUCAACAACCUCAUCUCUUGUACGGUGCAGAAAAUCAAAACUGCCAUUCACUGCGAUAGAUAAAGAGUCAGAAACAGUGUACUGGUUGAUGCUAAAUUGCGAGGGGUGCGAAGGAUACCAGUCCAGUAAAAGGUGAGCAAGUUAGCUCUGCCUCUGGCGAUUCAGCAGUGGAGUGGAGCCCACAUGUGAGAUGAUUGCUGUGUGCAAGGAAGAAAGGACUACUAUUGGAUGUUUGCCACGUGUCCGAGUCGAGAACGAACCGCGCAUGGACAGUCUCUUGCUAAGUCGUGAAGUCGUUAAUACGUGCUGGUUCGGGUAUUGACUCGUUGAAUUGCGGUUGUUGAAGGCUGAGCAGAUAAACCGAUAGGGGUCAAGAAAAAGAAAAGGCGAAAAUGAUAAAACCUACCUAUUUUCUGACAGUUGUAGA